AUGUGCGCGUUAUUAUUUAGUAUAUGGCAGGAUGUCGAUCUUUAUGGUCCUCGAGCCUGGCUCAAAUUUAUCAAUCUCUCGACGGAGCACUCAGCUGUCCCUUCUCUGACCAAAUGCAUCAGUCUACACGAUGUUGGUGCCAUUGGUGAUACUUUGAUUCAGAUGGCAUCAAUGAACGCCAACAUCAUCAUCAUUGGAUAUCCGAACCUCGAUCAACUCAAAGUAUUUGAAUUGAACAUUUUAAAAAUGAUCUACAACUUUAAUUUUAGACGCCCGUCGGUCUCUAAUUUAGAAACUCUCGAAAAUGAUACAGAUGAUGAUACAGUGGAAGGUUCCGAUGAUGCGGAGGAAAACGAGGAGGAAAACCGUCAUGAUUUUAACGAGAUUUUGUCUGAAUGGCUUAACGGACUUAUCAGCUCUCAUUCUAGCUGA